AUGGUGGCGCUAGAGACAUUGGAAACAUAUUUUGCCGAGGAAUCCAAGCCUCUAAUCUUGGUCUAUGCAAUAAGCGGAACGGUGAUGAUGCUGCUCAUCGUCGCUGUCGUAUUUUUGAUCCAUUCAAGAAGAACAAGGCUGAAUUGGUAAGCAAAUCGUUUUUUAUUUGUUUUUAAAAUACGGUUAUCCUCUUUCUUUCUGCCCUUGGAGGGUAAUGUUUGUUUCCACAAAAAAAUCAAUUUUUUCCUCACAAAACUAACAGGGGAAGUACUCCAAGUGCUACGCUCAGAUUUUGAUGAAACUAGGCCUAAAUUUAGAACAAUUUUUUCUAAGAUAUAUGCGAGAAUCCCAGUUCGCGCUUUACAGAAACAACCGAGAUUUUUAGAUCGAAAGUCGGCCAAAAUUUAGGACUUUUUGCCGAAUUUCGGCACGGAAAGUUUCAUGCCUAUCUCUACCGUUUCUACAAAAGAUCAAAAUUUUCCGCACGAAACUGCCAAAGUUAUGGCCAGAAAGCAUUUUUCUCUCUGACCGCUCUCCACGUUUAGCGUGCUCUCUCGGCGGCAAAAAUCGUUCGAUAUCUCGGCGGCGCCCGCAAAGCGCGAGCUAAAACUUUCAGGAAUUGAUAUUUGGUCCAUACCCGACGUGUGUGCGAAAUUUAAAGAAGUUCUGAGCGUCGCACUUGGACUACUUCCCCUGUAAGUAGCAAAGAUACGGCCAAAAAAGUGUUUUUUUUUUCUCUACCGUUCUUUUGUAUAUUCUCCUAGCAGCAAAGAUCACUGAAUAUCUCGGGGGCGUCUGCAAAGCUCGGGCUAAAAUUUUCGGGGAUUGACAUGUGGCAUGGACCUAAAGUGUGUGCAAAAUUAAAAGAAAAUCUUGAGUGUCGCACUUGGAGUACUUCCACGACAAACCGGGGCAACCCAAGCUGUCGUAACUGUUUUUGAAUUCUUAAAUUUACCUAUGAUUUGUUUUCAUUCCCUUCCGCAAGCGCCUGACCAAACUUUCUGCCUUUUUUAGCCGUUUCUAUUACGAACCUUUCGUUGUAAAUUUAGUUCCUCUGACAUUUCAUGCAAAAAGAAAAAAAAUUUCCCCUAAAAAAUUGUAAAGAUCUCUCCUUGUACUUCCUAUUUACAACAAACCCCAGCCCUACAAUUCUUUGAACACUAAUCUUUACACCCUCUUUACACAAAUUUUGUUGCUUUAGGUACGAGCAGAACCUGCUGGAAAUGGCGCACUCUCCCCCACACUACAUGCGAUGCAAGGCGAUGCCGCGAAUGGACACGGAAGACGAGGAGCGCCUGGAUAUGCCAUAGUAAGUCCUGCAAAAUUAAUGAAGGGGGAAUUACUCUGUAAUUACUCGGAACGGGUAGUUUUUAUCGCGUUCCCAAAAAAAGAAAUUACAGAGAUCGCCAAAAAAGGAAAUUUUUGAGUUGUAAAGUAGUAUUUGUAAGUUGUAAUGGAGGGUUUAGGGGUUCCAGAGAUUAGAUUUAGUACUGCAAUAGCAAAAAUAUGGUUUUGGAGGCAAAAAUUUUUAAAUUUCCGGUUUUCCCGCCAAGUUUUGAAAUCGUUGGCAUUGUGUUGCAACCUAUGAAAACGCAAGAUAGGACUCUCCAGACAAAAAAAAACCUUCUCAUAUCUUCAUUUUGUUAUUUUACUCUUAAAAUUUUUUCGAAUUUCCAAUUUUCCCGCCAAAUUUAUAAAUCCUUGGCAUUGUGCUGCAACCCAUUGAAAAUGAGAAUUAUGACCCUCUAAACAAAAAAAAACUCUUCCUGUCUUCAUUUUUUGAUUUUGGCCUUAAAAUUUUUUGAAAAUUUCCAAUUUUUCCGCCAAAUUUAUAAAUUCUUGGCGUUGUGUUGCAACCUAUGAAAACUCAAGAUUAGGUCCCUCAGGACCAAAAAAGAACUCUUUCUGUCUUCAAUCUUUUUAUUUUACGUGUAUAAAAUUUAGAAAUUUUUGAAUUUCCCGCAAAAUUUUUAACUAUUUGGCAUUGUGUUGCAACUCUUUAAAAUGACAGCAUAAAAUUAAAACUUUAAAAUACGUAGUCGUCAUGAUCUAAUAUGUAUUUUUACGCCAAUGAUUUAAAAAAUUUAUUUGUUCCCGCCAAAUUUUUAAAUUUUGGCAUUAUGUUUCAACCUCUAAACUUAGCCGUUCAAUCCAUAAAAAUCUGAAAAAUCUCUUCUAGCAGCGCUUCCGACAUUGAGCGAAAACAAUCGCGGAUACGACGAGUGAAACGAGAGCCCAUCGGCGAUGUGAGCAACAUGUUCCACGUGCCGAAGAUGACCAAACACACCAGCAUGUUCAGCAAGUUCAGUCAGUCCGACAUUGAUCGAGGACUAUAUACAACUAAUGUAGGUUGAAUUUAGAGGGGUUGUGAGAUUUUUGGAGGGCUUGGAAAGCUGCAAUUUGGGGUCUGUAAAUCUUAUGAUGAUAAAGGGAAUUUUCGUCUAAAAAAUAAAACUUUUUCAUCGCAUGACGAACAGAUUUCCGCUUCGUAUUUCUCCUAAUUGGUCGUUCUGGCCCAUGUUUCAAUCUCUCUGAAAAAUUUAGCUUGAAUGCCAAAAGCAGAGGUGAGAUAUCAGUCUGUCGGGAAAAUAAUGAGCACUCUGUUGCAUCGAAAAUUGCAUCGCGGCCGAGAAAAUGAAUUGUGUCGCGGAGAAAAUCAAAUUGCUUUUGGCUUCAGCGACGCGAUUGGCUUAGCGACAUUGUGCUCAUUAUUUUGCCGACAGACUGAUUUUCAAAAAUCGCUCCAAAAAAUCGAACUUUCGACAUUUUCCGGCUUAAAAAUCUCGGAGAUAUCGGCAAAGUGCGCAGAAAAAAAGCUCGUAUAUCUCUUAGAAAGUCAUAAUCUCAAUUCUGACCAAGUUUUUUUCAAAAUCCGAGCAACUUUUUUUUGGCCGUUUUUUGGCCGAAAAUUGCUUCUGUCGGGAAAAUAAUGAGCAUUCUGUCGCAGCGGAAAUCACAGAGAAAAGAGAAAAAUGACUUGUAUCGUGAAGAAAAUCAAAUUGAUUUUUACUUCAGAGAUCGCACAGCGACAUUGUCCUCAUUAUUUUCCCGACAAACUGAGCGGCCAUAAAAGCGGUUACAUGAAACUUUUAGCUCUAAAAAAUAAUUUUUUCCCUUCUUUUUUGCUAAUAAAUAUUUUUUCCAGGUAGCAGAGUCCUCCUACGACGAGGACUCGGGCUUCUGCGGCUCACUGAAAUUGGCACUCUAUAUGGACACCAACCUCAAUUUGCUGACCGUUUGCCUGAAACAGGCGACCGAUUUGGUGGCCAAACGCCAAGACGGCUACCCCAACCCCUACUUCAAGGUGUGUCUCGACGUUCCCGACCAAACCCGCCCCAAAACCGAGCAACAGACCCGAGUGGCGAAGAACACGUCGUCGCCGGUGAUCGAGGAGGACUUCUUCUUCCAGGUCUCCAUGGAAAAGGUGGGCCAGUCGCGGCUGGAGGUCAUGGUCUACGAUUACGACCAGUUCUCGGUGGACGAGUGCAUCGGCUACUGUUGGCUGACACUGGGACGGGUCGCGAUUUCGACGAUCAAAGAGCAGCCCACCAUCUUUUGGGCCGAAGUCUUGCCUUUUGAUGACGAUUCAGGGGUAAGCUGGAGGCAGAAAAAUGAUGGGAGAAAAUUCAAAAAAUUUUUAAAAGAUAGUUUUUUAUGAGCGGAAAAUGAUUUUUAGACACAAAAAAGAACAAAAGUCGGAAUUCACAAUAGUUUUUGUUAUAAAAUUGUAAAAUUUUGAAAUUUUUGAUUUUUAUGGACAAAAACGUUAAAUUUUAUGCAUUUUUGAUAAUAUUAGGGAGUAAAAACGUAAAUACCGAAAGACAACUUCCUUUGUUAUAAAAAAUGACUUUUUAGACAUUUUCGAAAUUUUUAAUUUUUAUGGACAUAAACGUUAAAUUUUAUGCAUUUUUGAAAAUAUUAGGGAGAAAAAACGUAAAUCGCAAAAAGUAAAAAAUCACAAGUUACAACUUAUUUUGUCAUCACAAAAAUUAUUUUCGUGCUAUUUUGAAUUUUUUUAUUUUUAUGGUCAAAAACGUUAAAUUUUAUGGAUUUCUGAAAAUAUUAGGGAGAAAAAACGUAAAUCCCGAAAAACAAAAUUCUAAAGUCACAAUAGUUUUUGUCAUAAAAAAAAUGACUUCUGUGCAAUUUUGAAUUUUUUUUAUUUUUAUGGACAAAAACGUUAGAUUUAAAAUAUAUUAGGGAGAAAAAACGUAAAUUCCGAAAAACAAAAAAAAACCCAAGUUACGACUUCUUUUGUCAUCAAAAAAGUGAAAAAUCAGAGCGUCGCACUUUGUAAAUUUUCAAAAAAUGAUACGAUUUUUCUCAAAUUUUACAAAAAAAAAUUUUAAAAUACGAUUAUGUUUUCUUUAUUUUUUCUUUACUAAAAACAUUCCAGACCGGCUUCGGCGAGGUCCUCUUCUCCUUGACAUACCUCAGCAAAGCGCAACGACUCACCGUCAACGUCUUCAAGGCGCGGAACUUGAACACCGAAAACAUGGACACGUUCUCGUCGAAUGCGAUCCGCGUUUCGAUCAUGAACAACAGCGAGAAGCGGCUGAAACGGAAGAAGACGUCGAGCAAGAAGAACACGAGGAACCCGCAGUACAACGAGUCGUUGAGUUUUGGGAUCCCGAAGAGCUCGUUGUGCGAUACGAUACUGGAGAUUGAGGUGAGCGGUGUGGCCUAUUCAUUAUCAUCAGUCUGUCGGGAAAAUAAUGAGCACAGUGUCGCUUCGGCGAUCGCUGAAGUGAAAAGCAAUUUGAUUUUCUCCGUGACACAUUUCAUUUUCUCGGCGGCGAUGAGAUUUUUGAUGCGACAGAAUGCUCAUUAUUUUCCCGACAGAUUGAUAAUUAUCUCCCAAAUAACUCAAAAUUUCCAUAGCUUUGCUAUCUGCAUACUCAUGCAAAUUUUUUGAAUUGCUGAGAAGGAGAAUUUUGUUUGGCAUAGCAAAAAGAAUGAGAAUGAAACUAGUUAUCCAAACCGUAUUUUACAAAAAAAUCAAUGCCUUAUUAUUAAUUAAAAAUACUACUGUCACGACUUCACGUGCGAAUUUGCAUAUUCCCACGGAAUGACUGACAAAUUGUUAUAAAAGGAAGAGAAAUCGCCCAAUCAUUAUUAUUAUUAUUUGUUUCUGUCUUUUACCGGUUGUAUGUUGUGUUGUGUUCAAUAAACCGUCGUAUUUUCUAUUGUCUAUUAUAAAGUUGUCUAUGGUCAACUCUUGUGUUGGUGGAGUCAAGUAUUGUGAGUUCAUUUGUGAAGUUGUUUCCUGAGUAUAGUUAGUCGUUUGUCAUAGUUUGUGUAGUCGUGUGUCAUCGUUGUUUGUAUAGUGUGUUUGGGCUUGGGAUCAGAAAUAACAACUAGAACAGGGACCCUUAUACGUGCUCUCACUGAACUCGUGACAUGACGACCACGGCAGGAUUCGAAAAAUAUCCAAAAAACCAUCCGCAGUCGACAGGAUUCGAACCUGUGCGGGCAGAGCCCAAUUGAUUUCUAGUCAAUCUCCUUAACCACUCGGACACGACUGCACACAGCUUUUGGUCGGGAAAUGUAACCGCUUAUUAGAGAGAGUUGGUGUCAAAAACAGUUUUUUUUCUUUUAUGCAUAAAUUCUUCUGUUUAUCAAGCGGAACUUCCAACGAGAACGGAUUGACACAUCAUGACCAUGCACUUGUUGUGAUAAGCUGUUACUGAUUCAGGAGUGAACGUGCAGUCGUGUCCGAGUGGUUAAGGAGAUUGACUAGAAAUCAAUUGGGCUCUGCCCGCACAGGUUCGAAUCCUGUCGACUGCGGAUGAAAUUUUUAGAGAUUUUGGUGGUGUUUUAGUAAAUAAUAAGUGAUAAACUUGUCGUAAAAUACGUUAAGCUCAAUGUAGUUGUUUUUUUGUCAGUCUAUCAAUAAAAAAUCGGAGUGAAAUGGAAAAAUGCUAAUAGAGAAUCAAGGGUUUCGCUUCGGGACUUAUCAGAAAUAAUUUUAAAAAACUGGAAAAAAAUUAAAAAUCAAAAAAAAAUAUUUGGUUUAUCACUCUGUCGGGAAAAUAAUAAGCCUCGAAAAUCGCAUCGCCGCCAAGAAAAUGAAUUGUGUCGCGGAGAAAAUCAAAUUGCUUUUUAUCCUUUAGCGAUCUGCUCGGCGCAGCGAUUGUGCUCAUUAUUUUCCCGACAGACUGAUAAAUUAGGAUUCUUUGCAUGCUUUAUCGUAUUAUGAUACCAACCGUACAAUAAAAAAUGAGAUUUUAAGAAAUUUGCAUAAAUUUGCAUAUUCCAAAAAUAUGCAAUUUUUUCUAAACUACUUUAUAUUGCAACUGAUAACAACUCCCCAAUGUUUUCAUUUCACCCAUUUCUCUUCAGGCGAUCCACGAAUACGGUACCUUCGGGAUGGGCAACAAAGUGCUCGGCCGGAUGGAGCUCCCCCUCCACCAAUGCAAGGACCUGUGGCGGGCGAUAAUUCGCGAAGAGAAGUCGCAAGCGCGAUGGUACCCGUUGGAGGCGCCACCUCGAUAA